UGGUCCAGUGCGAAACAUGUGUACAUUUUGUCUUGCAACACUGAGGAAAUUUUGGUUGCAGCAUAUAUUUGCCGUCUUGACAGUAUCCAACUCUCAAACUUAACAAUACAGAAACGUUCCUGAUUUUGGUAGGUCAGAAAAAGAUAGAAAAGAUGAACAAAGAAGAGAUCCUUGAACAGUUUAUCCGAUGUCAACAGGAGAGUCCACAGAUGUCAGCAGCUGUGGCAGCUAUACAUGUACUCAUGCUGUUCCUCAAACAGAACACAGCUGGAACACUAGCAGAGCUGAGAGAUAACUUGAAGGAAGCCAUCAAAACUCUGAGUAAGAGUGACACGUCCAUCACAUCAGUGUCUUCAGGCUGUGAACUGUUUCUCAGGUUCAUCACUCUCACUGCUCUAGACCAUCCGGAUUUCCAAGAGUACAAACAGGUGUUGCUUGACAGAGGAGAGCUUUUCCUGAAGAAAAUCUCCAACUCCAGACAGAAGAUCGCCAAGCUGGGCCACCCUUUUGUCACAGAUGGAGCUACCAUCCUAGUCCACUCAGAGUCCAGAGUUGUGUUGGAGGUGUUGAAGAAAGCUGCCUCGGCUAACAAGAGGUUCACUGUCUAUGUCACAGAGUCGCAACCUGACAGAUCAGGUUUGAAGAUGCACAACAAGCUGGUAGAGGCAGGUAUCCCCAGUACUGUUAUCCUGGAUGCUGCCAUGGCUUACAUCAUGGAGAAGGUGGACCUGGUCAUGGUGGGGGCUGAGGGGGUGGUGGAGAGCGGGGGGAUCAUCAACAAGAUUGGAACUUACCAGAUGGCCCUGUGUGCAAAGAAUGCCAACAAGCCGCUGUACGUGGUGGCUGAGAGCUUCAAAUUCGUCCGACUCUAUCCACUCAAUCAAACAGACCUGCCUGAUGACUUUAAAUACAGAUACUCGACCCUGAGCUCUAACACAGACCUGGGGAAGGAGCACCCCUCGGUAGACUACACCCCUCCCAACCUCAUCACCCUGCUGUUCACAGACCUGGGCAUCCUCACACCGUCAGCUGUCAGCGAUGAACUCAUCAAACUAUACUGCUGACAGCAACCAGAAACAGCGCUAGGACAGCCCUCUUGUAACUUGGAUACUUGUAUGCUUUAUUAUGUCCAUUAGCCAACAUUACAACAUUAGUUUUGUAAGAUAUUAUAAGUCCUUCCUGCACCAGGUGGUGUAUAGGGCAGGGCCCAUCUCUGGCCCUUGAGCCACACAGUAGGGGGCUAAUCUAGUCCACAAAUAGUGGUGUAUGUUUAACUACCAUUAUACUCUUUCCUAACUGCCGAGUGCUAAACAUUGUUUAUGAUUUGGCUGGGGAUCAAAUUCAUGACCUACCCAAUGCAUAGCAAACAAUCUACCCACUUAGCCAUUGCACUGGUCAGAUAUUAUAGCCUCUGUAAAAAUUCUGUAUGCAGAAUGGUUGUAAAUAAUGCAUUUUAACCUUUCAAUCGGUGUUCAGCUUAUCCACGGACAAGUGGAAGCUAAGAAAGUGUGAACACUUCAAGAAAUGAAGUGAUAAAAAUGUCAGCAGAGAUAUACGAUAUGUUGAAAAACUAUUGUCUCAACUGUAUUAAAGCUUUUGUUCGAAUUUUGUGCCUGUCUCCUCAUAAUUUUGUCUGCCAG